AUGUCACUUCCGGCCUACGUAGGAUACAACUUCACUGAGACCCUCCACGGAGACACAUAUCCCUUCAUCGACUCAUCCAACUCUACCCACAAAUCCAACUCUGUCUUCAUUACCGGUGCCUCUAAAGGCCUAGGCCGGAGUAUCGCCAUCUCGUUUGCUCGAUCUGGUGCCUCUAAAAUCGGAGUCGGCGCUCGUUCAUCUCUUGACUCUCUCGAGUCCGAGAUCCUCGAGGCUGCAUCGAAAGCAGGACACCCUGCGCCACAAGUUGUGAAGGUAGAACUCGACGUGCUCGAUAAAGAGAGCGUCAGGAAGGCUGCGCAGGAGGUGGACAAGGCAUUCGGAGAAGGAGGAGUGGAUAUUUUGAUCAACAAUGCUGGGUGGAUGGAGAUAUGGAAACCGAUGGGCGAGGUUGAUGUGGAUGAUUGGUGGUAUACUUGGGAGAUUAACGUGAAGGGGCUGUUUUUGGCGACGCACGCGUUCUUGCCGUUGCUUCUGAAGAGUAAAGCGAAGACAGUUAUCAACCUGAGUUCGAUAGGGGCUCAUGUGGUGAUGCCGGGGGCGUCAUCGUACCAGUCGAGCAAGCUAACCGUCCUGCGUCUGACCGAGUUCAUGAACGCCGAUUAUGGUGCCCAAGGCCUUUUAGCAUAUGCCGUUCAUCCCGGAGGUGUGUUCACCACGAUGGGGCCCCGCAUGCCCAAAGAGUUGCAAGGUGGCCUGACCGACACGCCUGAACUAUGCGGAGACUCUCUCGCUUUCUUGACUCGCGAGAGGAGAGAAUGGUUGGCUGGCCGUUACAUCAGUUGUCCCUGGGAUAUGGAGGAGCUCUUUUCAAAGAAAGAGGAGAUUGUGAGUGGGGAUAAGCUGAAGGUCCGGAUGGUUGUGUGAUUAUGUUCGUCCCAGAACGGCC